AUGAAAUACGGUGCCGAAUUACAAGAUAACAUCUUUGGUCCCUGGCGGUCGUCUUAUGUCGCCUACGAUGCCCUGAAGAAAGAACUCAAGUCACGCACCCAGAAUCGCAUCUGGACCGACCUAGACGAAUACGAAUUUGUUUGCCUUUUGGACAACGAACACAUGAAGGUCCAUGAUUUCAUCAACGCAAAAUUGUCCGAAAUAGACACUCGGAUUCUCUACUGCGAACGCACCAUCCAAUCCCUCCAGAACAGUGAAACAAUGAACUCGGACGCAAGUUAUACCCUUAUGGACGAAACCCUGACCGAGAUUUUGUUUGACGUCAAUGAUCUUUCCCGAUUUACCCGUGUAAAUUUCCUGGCUAUCCAAAAGAUCCUCAAGAAACACGACAGAUGGACUUUGCUCAACCUCCGCCAGGAGUACGUCCUCAAAUUGAGAGAAAAACCACUCGACAAACAGAAAUUCGAUGUCGCAAUUGUCUACAUAUCCGCACUCCACGACAUCUGUCGCAACAGAGGCAAGAAACACACCGGAAACAGUGCCGCCGGAGGAGACCAGAAUGCGUUCGAACGUGCCACAGCAAAGUACUGGAUCCAUCCGGACAACAUCACCGAAGUUAAGGCAAUCGUAAUGUUACAUUUGCCCGUACUUGUAUUCAACACAGCAAAGAAGUGGGAGCCUGAAGAUUCAGCUGUCUCUAGUGUCUACUUUGACAACCAUAAUCUCGACCUGUACACCGGCCGACUCCAGAGAGAUGAAAUGGCAGAAGCCAUUCGAUUCAGAUGGUAUGGUCCUUUUGAGUCCAAAAACGCUUUUGUUGAAAGAAAGACUCAUCAUGCUACUUGGCUCAAUGGCGCAUCUGUCAAGGAUCGGUUCCGUGUCAACGAAAACAGGGUCAACGAAUUUGUCAGCGGUGCCUACACUGCUGAGCAGAUUGCUCAGGAUUUUCGCGCCACUGGCGCUGAUGAGGCGGCUGUCAAGGAUGUCCACUUUAUUGCCGACGGUGUACAGACUUCAUUCCGUGAGAAACAAUUGGAGCCAAUGCUCCGCGUUUUUUACAACCGAACAGCCUUCCAAUUGCCGGGAGACCAGAAAUUACGAAUCUCGCUCGACACCGAUCUCACUUUUAUUCGCGAAGAUCACACCGAUGGUAUCCACCGUCGCCAGAACCCGCCAAACAACUGGCGUAGAACAGAUGUCCGGACAGACUACCCUUUUAACCACGUCAAAGAUUCGGACAUCUUGAGAUUCCCAUACGCUGUGCUUGAAACAAAACUCCAAACCCAUCUUGGACAGGAACCACCAACCUGGCUCACCAAGCUAAUCGAAAGUCACCUGGUCCAUGAAGUACCUCGGUUCUCAAAAUAUCUCCAGGGCGCAUCCCACUUUUACCGCGAAAAGCUACCCCUGCUGCCCUGGUGGCUGACCGAGAUCGAUGUCGACAUCCGAAGAGCCCGAAGCGAAAACACCGGCCUGACUCAUACACAGUACACCAACCUGAGACCUGAUUCAAAGCGACAGGGAAGUAGUAGCCAGAAUUCGGCUACUAACCAACCUUUACUUGACAAUGAUCCCUUGGGUGGUCAAUUGCAAUCUUCAAAAAAGCAAGCGGACCAAUUUUAUUCCCCGGGUAAGAAAACCACAGCUUCAUCUUCGACUGUCACCAAUCUUGGAUCAGGAUUGAGCGGAUCGACUGCAAACCUCACAAAGGAAAAGAAACAAAAGCAGGGUCUGGGUGUGCCUGUUGCAUUUGAUGAAGAAGCCCAGGUUGGAGAGAAGAAAAAGAAGUCCAAGAAGCUUAAAUUGGAACCAAAGACCUUUUUCGCAAACGAACGUACCUUUAUUGCUUGGCUUCAGUUCUGUGCUCUACUCUUGUCAGUUGCACUGAGUUUGCUCAACUUGGGAAGUGAUGAAACUGCACGUAUUAUGGGCGGUGUCUUUAUUGGCCUGGCUAUUGUGGUUGCUCUCUAUGCUCUCUAUCUUUUUGAGAAACGUGCUUGGAUGAUCAACAAUCACAGUGAAGGUCGCUAUGAUGAUAUUUGGGGUCCGGCAGUUCUUUGUAUAUUACUUGUGGUUGCC